UAAUGGGAAAUAAUUAUGUUAUAUUUUUAACUUGGAAUGAUAUGAUGUAAACAGUGUAUGUCGUGGCUCACGUGUUGGAGGGGUGAAGAGAGGUCCAGUUGAUCAAACAAGAGAUAUUCAGUAUGAACAGACAAAAUGCUUCCUGUGAUUAAGUGAGUCUUUAAAGGGAACCAUAAACCUUAGUUGAAGCCACAGAAACACCAAGUGAAAAAAUAAAGGAAGAGAUGGAAAAUAAAACAGAGAACGAUCAAGGUGCCCAAACAAAGAUGUCUGGUUUGAACAGGCCAAAUGGUCCACGUAAGAAGCAAGGCUUUAAAAAGUACCAAAAACCACAAUUUAAUCCCCAGAAAAAGCGAUCUGCAAAAGAGAAGGAAGAGGUGGAUAACCUAGAAAAUAGGAAAACAGAGCUUGCCAACAUAAGUCCUGAAGAAAUACUGAGCUUUGCAAAAUUGCCUUUAAGUAGAAAAACUCUGAAAGGACUUAAAGAUGGCAGUUUUACAGUGCCCACCAAGGUACAGCGGCAGUCUCUCAUAUUCUCCCUUCAUGGCACUGAUGUUGUAGCUGCAGCAAAAACUGGUUCUGGGAAGACACUGGCGUUUAUCAUUCCACUUUUAGAAAUGUUGUACUGCAAAAGAUGGUCACCUAUGGAUGGUCUUGGGGCUCUGGUCAUCACCCCAACAAGAGAAUUAGCCUACCAGAUUUUUGAGGUGCUGAAGAAAGUGGGAAAGGAACAUGACUUCUCUGCUGGUCUUGUCAUAGGUGGGAAAGAUUUAAAGUAUGAGUGGAACCGUGUUAGUACGUGCAAUAUCAUGAUAUGCACACCCGGCCGUCUCUUGCAACACAUGACGGAGAACCCAGAGUUUACAUCAGAUAAUGUCCAGAUGUUGAUAUUAGAUGAAGCUGAUCAGUGCCUGUCAAUGGGGUUUGCAGACACCAUGAACUGCAUCCUUCAGGAAUUACCUUCUGAUCGGCAGUCUCUUUUGUUUUCUGCUACACAGACUAGAGAUGUAAAAGAUUUAAUCCGUGCUGGCUGCAACAACCCUGUGUUUUGCUCUGUCCAUGAGUAUUCAAAGACCUCAACGCCAAAAAGCCUGAAGGAGAGUUAUGUUAUUUGUGAUGUUCAUGACAAAUUCACCUUUCUCUGGUCAUUCAUCAGACAUCACAGGAAACACAAGAUUCUAGUAUUUUUAGCAACAUGUAAACAAGUGCAGUUUUUAAAUAGUAUGUUCUGCAAGCUUCAUCCAGGUUUAUCGGUAAUGGGUCUUCACGGGUCCAUGCAUCAGUUAAGGCGUAUGGCAAUUUAUGAUGAGUUCUGCCGGAAGAAAUGUGCCGUACUCUUCGCAACUGACGUCGCUGCCAGAGGUCUAGAUAUUCCAGCUGUUGAUUGGGUAGUUCAAGCAGACUGCCCAGAGGACGUGACAGCAUAUAUUCAUCGUGUUGGAAGAACUGCUCGCUUUUUCAGGAAUGGGGAGGCUAUCCUUCUCCUUACACCUUCAGAGGAGCAGGCAAUGUUAACUUGUCUGGGUACCAAAAAUAUUCUUGUUGAUAAAAUAGAUGUUGACCCUGCAAAAAUGCAGAGCAUCAAUAUCAAGAUUGAAAUAAUCCUGAGUAAAUAUUCAAACCUGAAGGAGGAGGCAGUGAGGGCAUUUAAGGCUUAUUUGAAACACUUGGCUCUAAUGAAGAACAAGAAGGUGUUUGAUGUCACCGCUGUUGAUCUUGAUGCAUUUGCUCGGUCUUUGGGAUUGGCUGUCACUCCCAGGAUAAGAUUUUUGGAAAAGAAACUCAAGCAGAAGUUUGGUCAGAAAAGUACUACAGCAGAUACACUUAAACCAGAACUGGAAUCAGACGUAUCGUUCAAACCUAAGCUCACCACACUAGACUUUGGAGCAGAUGACUCUGAUGAUGAUGAUGAGGAAUUCCUCAGUAGCUCCAAAACACAAGACAGUGUUAUUGUUGAAGAUAGUUUGGAGGAGCCAGACCUCAAUGCUACUCAGGAUGGACCAAAAUUAAAUCCCAAGAAGAAGCCUGUGACCAAGGUAGCGGUAAUCAAGAAACUUCUGAAAAAGAAUUUGCAACUUAAUCAAAGAGUGGUAUUUGAUGAUGAAGGUGAAAUGGUAUUGGACCCUGCCAAGGAACAGGUGUCACAGGCUGCUAGAAGGCUUGGUGAACAAGAAACCAGUGGUAUCAACAUUGCCAGACUUCAGGAGAUCAUGAAGGAGGAAGAUCAUUAUGAUAAAAAGCUACACGCAGAGAAACUCAAAGAAAAGAAUAGAAUAAAAAAGAAAAAAGAGAAGGCAAAAAGAUCUGGUAAUAAGGAAGAUGAAGAGGAGGGGGAGGAAGAAGAAAAAGAUGAUGACCAAGAUGAUGACAGUGAUGUUGAUGAUGUCACUCAAAAUAUCAUUGAUGAAUUACCAGACCCAGAUAAGUAUUACAGCAAUGAUUUAGAAGAUGGAGAAGAGAUUAACAAGUAUGACUCGCACAGUAGUGAUGGGGAGAGUAGCAGUGAAGUGAGCGAGUCUGAAGAAGAGGAAAUGCCCAAGAUUAGUGGAAAGAGACGUGCUCGGGACAGAGCACGUGAGGCCAAACGUGCAAGGCUAGAGCAAGCCAAUACUCUUGAAGCUCUGCCGAUGAAUGAGCAGGAAGAACUAGCAUUGUUCCUCCUGCGUGGUAAAACAUAAUAUGCAACAGGAUUACAAAGGGGAGUGAUUUUUGCAUCAUAAUCUUUAUUUGUCAUAGAAAGACAGCCUGUAAUUGUCAAGCUGACAAAAUUAUAACAAUAUAUCCCAUAUGUACAAAGUUAUAAGUGAGUUUGUUUUAUGGUAAUAUCAGUAAUCUGGUACACUGCACAAAAUUAAGCCAGUUCAACACUUGUCUAGAAGCAUCAGAUAUAUGACAGAAUUAUCCGUGUGCUGACUAGAGGUCAAUUCCACAGGGAAGUAUACAGUUUAUAUUGAGCUAAACUGUAUCUUGCUAUUUGUAUUAACUGUUGUGCACACAUUACACUGAAUAAAAUUAUAACUAUA